AUGCCGCCGCCUGCCGCUGCCGCCGCUGCAGGCAAGGGGUAUGGCCACCCGCUGGAUCCCAUCACAGCGGACGAAAUCAGCGUGGCGGCGGCAGCCUGCAAGGAGAAGGCCACCGCACUGGGCCUGGGGCCCCUGCAGUUCAACACCGUGACGCUGAAGGAGCCCGGCAAGAAGGCGCUGAUUGCGUGGCAGAAGGCGGGCUGCCCCGAGGACGGGGCGCCGCCGCGCGAGGCAUUCUGCAUCCUGCAGACCCCCGGCACCGUGGAGGCUGUGGUGCUGCUGUCCGAGCCGCCGAUCAAGGUGACGAGCUGGACGGAGGUGGCAGGGGUGCAGCCGCUGGCCACCCCGGAUGAUUGUUUCGAUGCGGAGGACAUUGUGAAGGCAGAUCCCGAGGUUCAGCGCAUGCUCAAGGAGACGUACGGCAUUGCAGAUCUGGCGCUGGUGGCAUGCGACCCCUGGUCUGGUGAGCUGCACCUGGCGCCCAUGGGAGGCCGUCUGAUCCAGACCUUCAUGUAUGUGCGCUCCUCCCCCGACGACAACCACUACGCCCACCCUCUCGACUUUGUCCCGAUUGUUGACCUGAACAAGGGCAAGGUGGGCAAUGCGGGCGCGUGCCGCCCCGUGCUGUGCUGCGCUGAGCUGCGCAGGAACUUGUGUGAGGUGCCAUUCCGAACAGACGUCAAGCCGCUCAACGUGGUGCAGCCUGACGGCGCCUGCUGGACGCUGGAGGGCAACCUGGUGCAGUGGCAACGCUGGAACAUCCGGCUGUCGUUCAACUACCGCGAGGGCCUGGUGCUGCACGAUGUGGGGUACCAGGAUGGCGGCCGCCUGCGCCCCAUCAUCCACCGCAUGUCGCUGGUUGAGAUGGCGGUACCGUAUGCCGACCCCAACGCGCCCUACACCCGCAAGUGCGCCUUUGACGUGGGAGAUUACGGGCUCGGCAACUGCGCCAACAGCCUGGAGCUGGGGUGCGACUGCCUGGGCAACAUCCACUACUUUGAUGCGGUGCUCAACAACAGCAAGGGCGAGCCUGUGUCCCUGAAGAAGGCUGUGUGCAUGCACGAGGAGGACUACGGCAUCCUGUGGAAGCACUUGGAGUACCGCAACGGCCACGCCGAGGUGCGCCGCUCCCGCCGCCUCGUUCUUUCUUUUGUCGCAACGGUGGUCAACUACGAGUACGCUUUCUACCACUACUUCUACCAGGAUGGCACUAUCGGCUACAAAAUCAAGCUGACCGGGGAGCUGUCUACCAACCUGGUGUCACCAGGGGAGGACCCCGCCGCGCCGGCCUGGGGCACGCUUGUUGCACCUGGCGUUAAUGCCCAGUUCCACCAGCACAUGUUCAGCAUCCGCAUCGAUCCCGCGGUGGACGAUGGCGACGGCGGCGCGGGGCUGGUGGUGGAUGCUGUGGCGGUGCCCAAGGGCCCCGACAACCCGGCUGGCAACGCGUUCACCCACCAACGGCAUGCACGCCUGUCAAAACUUGCCUGGCGUGCAGAGGCGCAGCGGGAGUGCAACGCGGCGGUGGGGCGGUACUGGAAGAUUAAGAAUCCGGGCUCCACCCAUCCCGCCACUGGCAAGCCAGUGGCGUACAAGCUGGUGCCCACCCACAGCCCGCUGCUGCUGGCGGCGCCCAGCAGCAGCAUCGCCAAGCGCGGCGUGUUUGCCACAAAGCACCUGUGGGUCACGCCACACGGGGACGAUGAGCGCUACCCGGCUGGAGACUACCCCAUGCAGCAUGCCGGCGGCGAUGGCCUGCCCAAGUGGACAGCGCAGAACCGCAGCCUUGCGUGCGCCGACCCUGUGAUCUGGCACAGCUUUGGUGCCACGCAUGUGCCCCGUCCCGAGGACUUCCCCGUGAUGCCCUGCGAGGUGGUAGGCUUCCACUUGAAGCCCUUUGGCUUCUUUGAUUACAAUCCGGGCCGCGACCUGCCCCCAGGACCCAACAAGGCCAGCACGCUGGCCAACGGCUGUGCCAACGGCUGCACCAAUGGGGCGGCGUAG